ACUUCGGGGGGACACCUCACAAACGGGCUGGUGGUUCAGAACCCCAGUCCGACGCGCUGCUGGGGCUCAGUCUCCUGGACGAAGACGAGAACAUGGCUCUGAAAAAGUGCCAGGGUGCGCUGAGGAGGAGAACACAGCACCCAGAGCGGCCCCCCAGGUAGCGGGGCCGGGUCUAGGCAAGCCCUCUUCCAAGAAGUCCUGUGCCCUGAAGCUGACUGGGCACGCUAGUUGAUGAAACCGGGUGCCCCACCAAGGCGCCCUAGUCCCGAGGGCGGCGCCAGGGCGGGGCCGGAGUCCUCCUGGCAGGUGCCGGGGGCGGUGCCCGGCCCUGCCCCCGGGGGCCGUUCCUGGAGGCCAGAGGCGGGUCAGAGAAGCGGCCGGUGCGGGCGACGCCUUGGAACCCACGGGCUGCGACUGCGACCACAGGUGCCUCACAGGGCCCUGUGUCCUAACUCUGGGCGUCAAAACCCCAGGUGGGAACUGACGCUUCCGAGCUGCUUCCAACCCUGGACACCGAGGUCCCCCAGCUGGAGAGCGAAACCCUAGGGUCUUCUGAAGAGGGGGGCCACGAGCCCCCAGGGCCAGACAGCGAAGCCCCAGAGCCUGUUGCAGAGCUGAACACUGAAGUCCCAGGCCGGGCGGCGAGGUCCCCAAGCCCUCCGCAAAGGACGUGGAGACCCUCGAGCAAGAAAGCGAAGUCCUCGAGCCAUCAGUCGAGCAGGACUCAGGGCGCCCGGGGUUGUCAGCAGCGGUUGGCUUUGAGAGUCCUGAGCCAGGCAGAGACGACCCUGGGCCGUCCGAAGCGCAAAGCGCGGGGAUCCAGGGGCAGCGUCCCGCUCCGGGCCUGAGACUUCCUCCUCCAGGUCAGGCUCGGAAGCCUCCGACUUGCGUUUCCGCCGUGCCCUGAGGCUCCCCAACGUCCCCCGGAGGAGCUGUUCAUGGAGACGCCAAUAGAGCGCGAAAUCCGCCGCAGCUGCGAACGCGAGGAGAGCCUGCGCCGGAGCCGGGGCCUGAGCUCUGGCCGCGCGGGCAGCGAACUCAUGGAGCUGCGCGUGCGGCCAGUGCUCAACCUGCCGGGUCCUGGCCCCGCGCUCCCGCGCGCCCUGGAGCGCGCGCGGGCGGGAGCGCAGAUGCAGCGGGACAUCGAGCGGGAGGCCCACCGGCAGGCGGCGCUAGCGCGCCCCGCGGCCGCGGAGCCGCACGCCCAGUCGCCGCCGCAGCCGCUGGGCGAACUCAAGCGCUUCUUCGAGGCCGCCGCGGGGAGUGGCUCCUCCGCCGGGGCGGGGGGCGGCGCGGGCCCGCAGGGGCUGCCAGAGCCGGGGGGCCGGGCGCGCUCGGCCGUGCAGGGCCAGUGCCCGGUGCUGGCCCGCGCCCCGCCGCCUUUCGCUCCGUCACUGCUGGAGCAGGAGGUGCGCGCAGUGCGCGAGCGCGAGCAGGAGCUGCAGCGCCUGCGGCGCAGUGUCUAUGGCACCGCGGAGUUCAAGGAGCCUACGCCGAGUCUCACCGCGAGCAGGGGCGACGGAAAGUUGGCGGUGACCUGGCCCCCCCGCAGAAAGGCCUCGGAGAACGGCCUGGAGCAGGAGGAGCGCAAACCUUGAGGUUUGAGCAGACAGGGACCCAGGCCAGAAGUAACGUACACGUCAGAGGACCAGGGCGGGGAGCGUCUAGCAGAAGGCCUGGAGAAGGGUCGGCCCUCUGCAUUGGGGAAGAUGAAAUCGACCAGCCCAUCGUUGAACUUGACUUUGUGAAAUUGACCAGCCCCGUCUAUAAAACUUAGAGUCCCCCAUUGGGAAACUGACCACCACCCACAACUCCGCCAGUGAAACUGUCCAGCCCUUCUCCCGCCUAAUCGUAAACUGAACUACCCACUCCCUUGACUGUAAGAGGGCCAGGGUUACGGCCGCGGCUGCCCCACUCCCCGCACCGCCAAUAAAGCCUCUUCUUUCAGGGCA